UCUCAGCAAACCAGGGAACUGACAAAGCUCAGGCUUGAUCUCUCCCUGGAACUCUUGUUCCUGGUGGCCCCUCUGCUGCUGCUGUUGCUGCUGCUGUAGAAGAACUCUCUUGGCUGGGCUGGCCUUGGUGCUGGAGCUGGAGGAGGAUGCAGCUCCCUCUAGGAAACAUGCUCCCUUCCCUGCAGACCCUCCUUCUCUUCUCUGCCAUUCUCCUGAUCCUGGCCAGUUAUGUGCAGAGGAGGAGGCAGCGCCCCAACUACCCCCCGGGCCCUUCUUGGCUGUUCAAGAUUGGCUACUUCUUUCAGAUGGAUAUUAAAAAACCGCAUAUCAGCAUCCAAGAGAUUGUCAGGAAAUAUGGAAACAUUUUCUUUGUGGAAAUGUUCAGUAUUCCUAUGAUAUUUGUAACUGGAUUGCCACUGAUAAAAGAAGUCCUAGUUAACCAAGGCCAUGUGUUUGUUGAUCGCCCUCGAACUCCUUUGCAGUCUUAUAUCUUUAAAUCAGUUGGCUUAAUCAUGUCUAAUGGUCAAGAAUGGAAAGAUCAAAGAAGAUUUACCUUAACAACUCUAAGGAAUUUUGGCUUGGGAAAGAAGACCCUUGAACUUAGGAUCCAGGAAGAGGCCACAUACCUUACUGAGGCUAUUAGAGAAGAAAAAGGACAGCCCUUUGACCCCCAUUUUCAGAUCAACAAUGCUGUUUCCAACAUCAUCUGUUCUGUUACUUUUGGGAAUCGUUUUGAAUACCAUGAUUCUCAGUUUCGGGAACUCCUGAAAACCUUGGAUCAAGCCACAGUGCUUCAAGCCAGUUGGGAGUGUCAGUUUGUUGAAAUGUUUCCUCGGAUAAUGAGUCUCUUGCCAGGAGCUCACAAAAAGCUCUUAAGAGAAUGGAAAAAACUAGAGUCUUUUGUAGUCCAUGUGAUCAAACAACAUAAGGAAGAUCAGAACUCAGAGGAAGCCCAGGACUUCAUCGAUGCUUACCUGAAGGAGCUGUCCAAGGGUAACAUGAGUUCUAGUUUUAAUGAAGACAAUUUAGUCGCAUGCACCCUGGAUCUCUUCUUUGCUGGAACAGAGACAACUUCGACCACUCUGCGGUGGGCUCUGCUGUAUAUGGCCCUUUAUCCAGAGAUCCAAGGUAAAAUACAAGCUGAGAUUGACAGGGUGAUUGGCCAGUCCCGGCAGCCCACCAUGGCUGAUAGAGAAAAUAUGCCCUACACUCAUGCAGCCAUCCAUGAAGUACAGAGAAUGGGAGAUAUCGUUCCUCUUAAUGUACCCAGGAUAGCCACAGUUGAUACCACACUGGCAGGAUACCAUGUGCCAAAGGGGACCAUGCUGCUGACCAAUCUGACUGCCUUGCACAGGGACCCCAAGGAGUGGGCUACCCCUGACACCUUCAACCCUGAACACUUUCUGGAGGACGGUCAGUUUAAGAAAAGAGAAGCCUUUCUGCCUUUCUCAGCAGGGAAGAGGGUCUGCCUGGGAGAACAGCUGGCUCGCACUGAGCUCUUCAUUUUCUUCACUUGCCUGCUUCAGAGAUUCACAUUCCAGGCUCCCCCAGACACCCAGCUGAGUCUGGACUUCCGAGCUGGCAUUACCUUGUCUCCUGUCCCCUACCAAAUCUGUGCCCUUCCUCGAGAGACACAGCCCAUGCUUAGCCUGUAGGGGAGCCUGUCAAGGGGGUGGGAAAGGAUCUGGAAUCAACCUCAUUCUUCAUGGUCAGCCAUCCUGCCCUUUGCAACUUGGGGUGGGAUAGGAAGAAAAGUUAGGGAGGGGACAAGAGAGAGAGAGAGAGAGAGAGAGAGAGAGAGAGAGAGAGAGAGAGAGAGAGAGAGAGAGAGAGAGAGAAGGACACAAAGGGAGAAUAGCUAUUGCCAAAUUUGAAUCUCCCUGCUAAGAAAAAGAAGAGGCAUUAACACCACCUAAGGAAAGCAGAGUCUCUAUUGUAUUUGGCGGUGGAGGACCUGGUUCAAAUCCCUGCUGUGCUAAUUAAUAGCUUUGAGUGACUUUGAGUCACUUAAAUUUCUCCCUGACUCAGUUUCCUGAAAUGUAAACUGUGCAAGAGGCUCUCUAAGGUCUCUUCCAGCUCUAUAUCUAAAACCUUUUAAUGAUAUGAACAGUGAGAGAGCCAAAGCUUUUACUCUCCCACCUCAAGCAUUGGAGUCAAAGGAUAUUGAUAUUUGGUUGGUUGUUGGUAGCUUGUCUUCUACUCUUAUAACUCAUGUAAUAAAGUGGUUUUGGUGGAGGUUUCAGAGAGUUUAGAUGAGUUCCAGGAGCUUUCUGUAUGCUAAUGGUGAGGAUCCUUAGAGACUGUCAACUCUUUGUGGUUAGGUACUAUUUCUAUUAUGUCUUUUAUUAUGCCUGGGGUUGGUGCCUUGCAUGGAGAAAGAGCCUAAGCUAUUGUUGCUGAUUUUUUCACCUUUAAAUCAUUAAUGUUUUUCCAAAUAUAUUCAUAUUUAUUAUCUCCUAUGAUUUUCACAAUUUGAAAUAUUGAUCAUCUGUUGUGCUGUGUUUCUUUUUUCUUUUAAAAACCUUGUUAUGGAUAAUAAAUCAUAAUUAAUUUCAUUAUCAAUUAUAGUCACCUUGGAAUAGGAACACUCACACUUUGAGUAUUGAACCAGAAUAUAUAUAUGUAUAAAGAAUUUAGUCUCAACCAAAAGUCUCUGUAUCUAACUAGAUUAAGAAUUUAGUCAAAGAUAAGAUGUGAGUUAUAACUGAAAUGUGUGUAUAUUGUUAUUGUAAUUUUAAGUCUGUGCUAUCAUAUUAAUCAUAAGUAAGUUACUAUGUUAAUCAUGGGAGAGCCAAUCCAUCUGACAGUGUGCUCUUAAGCAAGCUAGCUGAUACAGGAAUUUAUAGAAAGCAGUCACCAAAUGGUCAUGGAGGUCUGCAUGCCUGCCAGGUUUGGAAGAGACUUGGAAGAUCCACAAAUGGCCUCCAAGACAUCUUGAAUACUUUUUUCAGGGGAAAGGAAGAUGGGGAUGGAUAGAAUACUAUAAGAAUAUGAGUGUUUUGCAAGAUAUGCUCUCAGGUUUUGACAUGGGGGGAAACCUGUAGACAGACCCUGUGAUUUCUAUGUCACAAUAAAGUCAGAUUUUUAUCUAGAAGGCUCACCCAGCAUUCUAUUUUUGCAAGUAUUAUCAAUAUAUUGUUCCCUAUUCCUGUGAAGGUUCCCACUUCUUGUCAGAGAUGCUUGCACAAGAUAGAUUUCCAUAAUGAUCAUGGAAACUCUUUUAAUACCCAGCCAAUCAGAAAACUCAUGUAACCCAAGAUCAUGAUGCUCAAAUUUCUUAUGUUCCCUUUAUUACCCUUUAUACCUUUAAAAGUGACCUAUAAGUUCAUGAUGAGGUCCUUGUAACAACUGGUAUGGUCUUAGAUCCAUUUAAUUAUCAAAUUGCUAAUAAACUGAUUAUGUUCAAAACA